UUCUAUUAUGCAUCAUCAUCUUCUCCAAUAAUGAAUCCGUUCAUCCACUUCUGUUUCUUCCCCUAGAAAAUUGCGCAAACCUAGAGAAAAAGAGAGAGAGAAAACAGUUGAUGAGAUUCUACAAGAGAGAGAAAAAAAAAUCCUCUGAUCUGUCUAUCUCAAUUCGAUAUCGCAGCAUUUUCCCAUCGUUGCGAUACGAGAUCCCUGAAUGAAAGACUAACGAUCUAGGUUUGAAAAUUUUCCUUGAUUUUCUGGUUGAAUCAAUUGAGAAUGAUUUCGAAUCCAAGUCUAUUGUCUUACACAUGCAUCGCGAAAGGAACCGUCGUCCUCGCGGAGUUCGCAUCAAAGGAAGAGCCAGGAAUCGAAGACGUAGCUCUACGAUGCAUCGAGAACACGCCUCCACACCAUUCAAUCUUCUCUCACACAGUUCACAAGAAGACCUACACAUUCGCAAUCGAUGAUGACUCCUUGGUCUACUUCGCGAUUAUGGACGAAACCAUGGAGAAACCAGAAUCCUUCCGGGUCCUAAGUCGGUUGAGAUCAGCUGUUGAAGAUCUCAUCAGAGGAGGAGGUGGAUCCGAUGCCUUGAUCAAUAAUCCUGCUCCGCGUUGUCUCCAAGCGGAGAUGGAUCCAGUUUUCGCGGAGAUUUUCGGUGGUGUUGAUUUGGAAUUGGACAUGGAUUUGGUUGGAUCUCCGAGGAGCGUAGCCAGGGAGAGCAGGAAUUUGAGUAUCGAUUCGACCAAAGGGAGGAGAGCUGCGUUGAUGCCGCUUCUGGGUAAGCCGUUGAAGGCGUUGAAGAAGAAAAAGAGGUUGCAUACGGAAGAUUCUGGUGAGGUUGGUAUGGUUAAUGAGAUGUCGGAGAAGAAGGUUGAUUUAUGCGGGAAUGGGAACGGUGGAGUGUUACGCAAGGAACUGAGGAAUGGUUUGUUAACAGAUCACCAUAAGGCGAAACAGAUGUGGAAGAAACAUGUGUGGGUGGUUUUGAUUUUCGAUUUCUGCAUCUGUGCUGUUCUGUUCGGAAUCUGGCUUUGGGUUUGUCAAGGUUUUCAAUGCGUUAAUGGAUAA